AUGGCGAGGCCAAUGUCAUCCCCCGAUCACUGCCCCGGAGGCGCGGGGGCGCGCGAGCCUGCGCUGGCAGACGCCGCCUGUUCGCUUGCGGGCGAGGCAGGAAGGAGCGCCCAGAAGUUGCAAGGCUGUUGCAGUUGUGCACGACCAGCGCCAGGGGCGAAGCAGGCGCAGCCGAUGACGGCAUCGCUGCCCCUCAGGAUUGUUUUUCUUGUCCAAAACGGUUUGGGCAGGCCGUACACUGCGGCCAAGUCCGCCCCACCGAGCGCGAGCCUCGCCAGCAAGAGCGAGCGCGCCUGCGCGGACGUGCGCGCGCACACACCGUGCGCGAACGCAUGCGCGCAGCACUUUCUUUGCAGCGGCGCCGCUCACUGUCACGAGGCCACCUGUUUCUUUUCGUCGCUCCCAUGGCUGACACGACUUUGCCGCCAGAGCCCCUGGUAUGUUAGGUUCCAUGUUGGAUAG